GCCACCAAACCAGCCAGUUGCGGCCAGUUGCGGCCUCAGCCCAACUGGUGCCGUGCCGUGCCGUCUCCUCUCCUCUCCUCUCUCGUCUCAUCCCCAGCCCACCCAGCAAUGCCCUCCUCCUCCCCUCCCACAUGACCUGCGCCGCGCCGCGCAGCCACCCUUGCCUGGUCACGAGAACGCCGCCACGCACAUCAGUUGAAGCGCUUCUCUCCCACCCUCUUAUUCGUGGAUUGGAAUCGACGCCUGGAAGUGGAUGACGAUGGCGGGUUCUUGCGCCGCGCCGCCCGUUGCCGGUCUUCCCUCGUUGAGGACGCCGCCGCCAACUCACCUCAGACUUGGCGGCUUCUUGCCCUGUUCCUCGGCCGCGCGGAGUCGCGGCGCCGCCGUGCUGGGAUGCGCUCUGGGGGCCAAGAAGCAGACGCCGGGUGUUCUGAACCGGUUGCUCUGCGGAUACAUGCGAAGAGAUGGCCAUGAAGGUGAUGUAAGCAGUCAAGGAAGGGAUGACACUGUUAUGUUUGGGCCAGAUGAUGAUGGUGUAAAGAUUCCUACUCAGGUAGAGACUCUUGUAAAGGGCACUGCAAUGGUUGCUGAACCAGAAUACAAGGCGAUCCCAGAUCUAGAUUACCUACAGGAGCUUCUGGCUAUUCAGCAGCAAGGACCUCGUGCAAUAGGUUUCUUUGGAACCCGCAACAUGGGAUUUAUGCAUCAACAGCUUAUUGAGAUCCUGAGCUAUGCUAUGGUCAUAACUAAAAAUCAUAUAUUCACAUCUGGGGCUUCUGGAACAAAUGCAGCUGUUAUCAGGGGUGCUUUAAGAGCUGAAAAGCCAGAGUUGCUUACUGUAAUUUUACCACAAAGUCUAAAGAAGCAACCUCCUGAAAGCCAAGAACUGUUGUCUAAAGUACAAAACUUGAUCGAGAAACCGCAGUAUGAUCAUUUGCCACUAAUUGAGGCUAGCAGGUUAUGCAAUAUGGACAUCAUCUCUAAGGUCCAACAGGUGAUCUGCUUCGCGUUCCAUGACAGCAAGCUGCUGAUGGAAACAUGCCAGGAGGCCAAGAACCUUCGGAAGAUCGUGACACUCUUCUACUUGGAUUAGCUCCUCCGGAAGGGAUCUAGUCUCCUAUUUUUUGUCCGUGGCGUAGGCUAAUGUUGGGUGAUAUAAAAAAAAAGCAAGCUGAACGGUUUAGUUAGUUUCGAAAUAUAUUGGAUAGGUGGUGCGUUGACCUUCCAUUUGGUGGAGGAGAAAGUCAUUUUGUUUCGCCCAUUGUUUUGAUUCUUGUCACAAAGAAACCAAUAAUCUUGUCGAUAUGCCUAGUUCGUCAGCGAAGGGAAUAAGACUAUCAGUUGGAGUUUAUUUGUAGUUGAUCUCAGGCUUAUAAUUAGUUCUUGCUUUCAGUUUC